UACACCUUGUUGCACCUUUUCAAACCCUCAAACUUGGGCACUUCAUCUUGCUUUAACAGGCACAUAUAACAAAUCGGUUUUCCCCAGAGAUCCACCCCCAUAUACCUUCUGAGUGGCAAUGUCCCCGUCUGCUAUCAGCAACUCCCCAGUGCAGCAACCUGCUACCAACGGUGCCAAUCCCGACAACUUUGCCAUCCAGCCGCCCGCCGACUUCACCGGCUAUGAUCACAUAACCUGGUGGGUUGGCAACGCCAAGCAGGCGGCCGCCUAUUACACCACUCUCUUCGGCUUCGAGACCACCGCCUACCGCGGCCUCGAGACUGGCAGCCGAUACUUUGCCUCAUAUGUCAUCUCCAACAAUGGCGUUCGCUUCGUCUUCACGUCGCCUAUCCGAUCGGAGGCCCAUCUCCCCGAGGAUGAGCCCAUCUCUGCAUCGGACAGGGCUCUCCUGAAGGCCAUGCACGCUCACCUUGAGAGACACGGCGAUGCCGUCAAGGACGUCGCCUUUGAAGUCGACAACAUCGCGGGCGUAUAUGACAAGGCCGUGGCCGAGGGCGCCAUCGCCGUCCAGGGCCCUACCACCACAAAGGAUGACAACGGCGCCGUCACCACGGCCGUCAUCUGCACAUAUGGCGAUACCACACACACUCUCAUCAACCGCCGAGGCUACACUGGGCCUUUCCUCCCCGGAUUCCGCGCUGGUAAAAAGCGCACUUCAUCCACCGAGGCGCCCGUCGUGCCCCUUGUCCGCAUCGACCACUGCGUCGGCAACCAGUCGUGGAACGAAAUGGUCUCUGCCUGUGCCUUUUACGAGCAGUGCCUCUCCUUCCACCGCUUCUGGUCUGUGGAUGACUCCCAGAUCUGCACCGAGUUCUCCGCCCUGAGCUCCAUCGUCAUGGCCUCCCCCAACAACAUUGUCAAGAUGCCCAUCAACGAGCCCGCCCCAGGCAAGAAGAUGUCCCAGAUCGAGGAGUACGUCAUCUUCAACUCCGGCCCGGGCGUCCAGCACAUUGCCCUGCUCACGUCGGACAUCAUCGCCUCCGUCUCGGCCCUGCGCGCGCGCGGCGUCGACUUCAUCAACGUCCCCUCCACCUACUACGACACCAUGCGCCAGCGCCUCAAGACGGAGAAGCGCAGCUGGCAGCUCAAGGAAGACUUGGACACGAUCCAGCGCCUCAGCAUCCUCAUCGACUAUGACGAGGGCGGCUAUCUGCUGCAAAUCUUCACCAAGCCCCUCAUGGACCGCCCUACCGUCUUCAUUGAGAUUAUUCAGCGAGACAACUUUGAGGGCUUUGGAGCUGGUAACUUUAAGAGCUUGUUCGAGGCCAUUGAGCGCGAGCAGGCCGAGCGAGGAAACUUGUAAUUUGUAUAUAAUUGACCUUUAGCGUGAUUCAUGUUUAGGAGUUUGAUCAAAACUUUUGGGGCAUUUUUAUAAAUGUGAUAGGAGCUUUAAGAGCUUUUUUGGAUUAAGUAGGUAGUUUGAGGAGCAUAGUAACUACGAUUACGAAUCAAGCUGAAAUGAAAUAAAAAUGUUAAAUUUAUUUCAAAUAACUAUUCUUAUAUGUAUUGU